CAGGUUUACUCCUACUUUAUGAGUAAAUGAGAAGAACAGUUCUCAUUCUGUGAGUUGAUGUGUUUGUUAAAAGUGGUGAUUUUGCUCUUUACAAAUAUCUCGGAGUUCAUAAGCUCUUGACAUUCGCUCGUAUCACAUAUUGUAUUCAGCUUUCUUGAUUUUUCCCCCAAUUUUAAUUCACCAAAGUUCUUACGAAAUUUUACUCGUAUUUGAGUUUUAAAUCAGAAUAAUUGCAUUCAUGAAUGUGUUGCUGGUGUUAUCAAUGUUUGCAGCCUCAUCGUGGGGUUUGAAAUUUUCUUUCACAAAUAAUACUGAGUUGGAAAUUUUUCGACGUCAAACAUUGAUAAUGAAUUGUUCGAGCGACGAAGAAAUAGAAUGGCUUAUUCCAGACGAUAGUAAUGCAUUGGUAAAAAACGUUUCAAGUUAUGAGUCGAGUAUUGUAAUCAACCAGACCACGAAAUGUGAUAGUGGAGACUACAUAUGUAGAUCUAAAAACAACGUUAAAGAGUUCGCUCGGAUACGCAUCCAUGUUACAGGAUUGAAAUACUCUUUCAAGAACGGGACCGAAUUAGGUGUCCAGUUGGGUCAAAAAUUUAAUUUCAGCUGCUCAGCCGAGGGAGGAGUGAAGUGGAGCAUUCCACGUAGAAGUUCGGCGUCAAUUAAUACCAUCUCGGUAUACGAAGAGAGUGUCGUGUCCAACGGAACAACUUCAUUGGAUACUGGCGAUUACGAAUGCAGUUCAAAAACUAACCCGAAUGAAUUCGCUUGGUUACACCUCAACCUUGAAGAUCUUUAGACAUCUAACAUUCUAUUGAUUUAGGAAUUUCAGACCUAUGAAAUGUAGAUAGGUACUUGACGAAAGUAGUGGAUUUUCAUUAUUUGCUUCGAAUACAUAUUUACUUCAAAUUAAUCAUCCAUAUGUUUUUGGAUACUCAGAUAUAAUAGAUUAAGUUGUGUGGGUAAAUCGAUUUUAAACAAUGUUUCUUUAAAAAAUUAGGUUUCUGUUUAGUAUACCUACUUGAAGAUCUCAGCAAAUGUACGCUAGAUAUGUAUAAUGAAUACUUUAAUUAUAGUUUUAACCUAUACUAGGUACCUUACAAUAUUGUAACUUGUCCCUUUAUUUACCUUACGUAUAAUUCUCAUUGUACAUAAUUAUGUUUAUUUAAUUACACAGAUUA